GCCUGGACAUUACAUCGCCUAUUUCGAGUAUUGUUAUGUUGGUUGUUAAGACAAUACACAAGUUGUAGUUAAGCCUCGAGCUGUUUUCACAUUUUCCUUUGCCUUUCCCAAUGAUCUUUGUCUGUCUAUAUGCUGCCAUCUGCUGGUUCAGAUUAGACACUACCACAGAACACAUUUAUUACUGUCACACUGAGGACAUGGUGAUGAAUAUCGAGUUUCUAACUGGAGAGAGUAGUAACUAAUCAAUGAUUGAAAACUACAUCAACAACUGUCUGAUUUAGCAAAGAUGCAUUAGGUCAGGACUCUGGUCCUUAUUGGACAUGCCCCAGCAGGUCUAGACAGUCGUUAACUGAACACACACUGUUCUGUUUGACCAGAAGGCACACUGUACAGUAUCUGUUUGAGCAAAAGUGCGACUACAGUUUAGUAAAUUAAUAAUCCACAGCUAACCUGCAUUAUGCACUCCUUUAGAAGUGAGUCUCUGCCUGCUGUCAUAGCAUUUACGAAAAAAGAUUCCAGUCAGAGUGCAGUAUAACUGGUUAGAAUCCAGUAUAUCUGCAGUAUGGAGCAAUUAUUGCAUCCAAAAUAAGACAGCCGACUGCAGUUACUCCACUUUUACCUCCGUUUCAAAACUACAAUCAGCAUUCUACUGGCUUGGUCUCUCAUCAGUCUUUGGCUGUAGAUUGUUCCUGCUCAGGUCCUCUGAAAUACAGCACCCUAUGCAAAACAUUACCAACCAAAGGCAAUAUUUUCUGGCAGCCUGAUUUACCUAUCAUCAAAAAAAGUUCCUCUUUAUGCAACCACUCUCAACUCAGUGACAUUUAGGGAAUGGUGUAUGCCUAACUGACCAAAUUAUGUUGAACAUACUUUGUAUGUAGGAUUUGUUAUACGACGACAGAAUGACAUUCAGACAGGUCAUAGAUCUUAUUAUCUAAAAUAAAACAAAAACGAGUUCCGUGGAAGUAUUGUCGUCUACUCAGGAAAGACUCGUCAUGGCCAUCUUUCCCACCUUCCUUUUAUUAGAGUAGCACGAUUUUUUUUCAUAAUUCAGGGGGGGCAGGAUCCAAACGCGGUAGAUUAAUAUUGAAGAUGGAAGGAGCAGCAACGCGCACUGUGAUAACGUCUACCAGCAGCAGCACGGACAACUUUUCCACCUCCACUCUGGCAUAUGAUAGGCACUUUUUUCGCACUGCUUCGGGGCUCCUCGUUUUCGCAGAAAUAGUGUUUGGUCUGCUGGUAUGGAUGCUGAUAGCAGGGACGGAGUACUUCCGUGUGUCUGCCUUUGGGUGGGUCAUGUUUGUGGCCAUCUUGUACUGGGUCCUGACGGUCAUCUUCCUCAUCAUCUACCUGACCAUGGCUUACAACAGGAUCCCUCAGGUCCCCUGGACAACUGUGGGUCUGUUCUUCAACAGUAGUGCUACAGUGAUGUAUGUGGUGGCAGCAGCAGUGGACGCAGCCUCAAUCAGCCAUGCUGUUAAGGGACGCCAUAACUACAACUGCUGGGUAGCAUCCACAUUCUUUGCCUUCCUGGUGUCACUCUGCUAUGCAGGAAGUACAUAUUUAAGUUUUAAAUCGUGGAGAUCAAGGGAUGAGGAACAAUAACCAAUCACAAAGGACAGCUAAAGUAUAUCCGUUAUGGAACACAAGAAGAAUGCAACAACCACUCCUUCCCUUUGGAAUGCAUUUCUCUAUUUAAUUUCUGUUAUAUUUCUGUUAUUUUAGAGUUAUGGUGUGUUUCAUCUGUUGGAGUGACAGACCCUGAACCUCAGUGGUGUUUUUACUUCUUAUUCACUCAUGAGUUUAAAAAAAAUUACAUUUGGAUGAAAAUGACUGAAGCUAACAAAGUGGCUAUUCUGUUUUUCUGAAGCUGGAGAUCAAAGCUUUAACUCCAAUAUUAAAAUGGAUUGGACAGUAAUGUUGUCCCACACUAGAUGGUGCCACAAUACAAGGCUAAGAAACAGGGCUGAUGAAGAACAUUACAGUCAAUUCUCUUUUUGAUAAUUAUUAUGUGUCCAGGUUCAGGAAACUUGGCGUACUUCACAGGAGUACCUUUUCAAUUAGACAUUUUUUUUUUCAAAAGGCUUUUUUUGGUGGAAAUGCCUACUCGAACUUGUGAACUUUCAUGUGCCUUAAUAACAAACUUGUAUGCCAUCUGUAAAUACAAAUAAAACAUUUAAAUUGCAA